UCCUUCUUAAUAUAUAUACUACAUCGUAUAUGAUAUAUUUAUUAUUCAAUAAAUGAAAAAAAAAUAUUAUUCAAUAAAUAAUAACACUAUCAUAGUAGUAUACUAAUAUACUAUACUCCGCUAAUAUAGAAAUAACGAGGGAUUGAAUUCAAAAUGUUUGACAAAAAUCUGAGAUAAAUAGACUAUAACCCCUUCUCCGGCUCCUCCCUCCAUCAAUUUUGCAGUUAACGGCAGUUUUUCAUUCAAAUUCAAAUAGUGAAACAUGUCAAAAGAGCAACAAGUAUCCUCCUUUCAAAAUAAUCAAAACCAGGGUAAAGAGCAUUCUGAUUCUGAGGGAUCAUCACCUCUCACUGUUACUUCCCGGGUUUUGUGUAUGUUGGGAGACAUCACUGCUGGACCUGCUAUUAUGUUCACACAAUGGCUUCAAUCAGUUCGUAAACGAACUUCCAGUCAUCGCUCCUCUGGAUUUCCUCGCUCUUCUUCCACUCUCCCCUUUUGUCUUAGAGAAUCUGCAGAGGAUGCAAAAAUUGAUCAGCUUCCCGAGCAAACUGAAAUUAGUUUGUGGGACAGGCUUGGUAAAGCUGAAAUGUUGGACAUUGAAUCAAGUUCAUUUUCUUGGGACAUGCUCUCUUCACUUCACCACACUGAGCACGCCAUCAGCAAUGAACAUUCUGAGGAUGAAAUGAAUAGAGCUCUUGAGGUAACUGUAAAUUCUGGAGGGGUUGUCUUCUUUGCCAUUUUCAAUGUUCAGGGAAGUGAUGAUGCUUCUCCAAAAGAAGCAGCAGCUGUCAUAAAGAUAUCGUCAUCAAGAAUGGCUACACAGUCUGAACGCCUUGGAUAUGAAUUUGCGAAGCGGUUGGGAGUCCAAACUCCACAGGCUAGAGUCAUUCACAAUACCAGUUUGGAAUGGCUCCAAAUAAAGAAAGCUGCAGAAAAAGCAAGGGACUCAGCAAGUUCUGAGAGUGAUAUAAUCGGUGAAACGACAUGUUCCGAACUUUUGGAAGCACUUGAGCUUAGUCGGUGCCUCUUGUUUUUGAGUUAUGUACACGGUUCACCUUUGCUUGAAAGCUCUAGCGCAUUUGAAUCACAGGAUUCUGCAGAAAGAAUAUCAGCAGCUCUUGGCAGGGUAAUGAUGUUAGAUCUUGUUAUCAGAAAUGAAGACAGGCUUCCAUGCCGUCAACUUAGGUGGCGUGGGAACCCUGCAAAUUUGUUAUUGGCCGAAAAGACAAUCUCUUCAAAUUUAGAUAAAAUAGGAGAUGCCUUUGAUUUUGCAAUGAACCGAUAUGGGUCCGGGGUGAUUGGGACGCUUCAGAAAGAGAGGUCAAUUUUAGUAGAUAGCAGAUUGAGUUCUCAUAAUUAUGGAAUAAGAUCAAAAAGCUCUCAUCUUACACAGAUAAGAGAAUCAUCUGAUGACAUUUGCCUUAAAAGUCAAACAUCAGGAGAUUCAAUGUUUACUGGCUCCAACAUUGUGGCUAUUGACUCUGGUGUUCCUCGUCGACCCCCAACUGGAAAACGUGCAGACGAUCAGGUCAAUUAUCCUAAGUUGGUUGAGUUAGUACUAAAUAGCUCUAAGUUUUCCUCUAACCUCUUACAUGAUAUAACUGGAGGGAAGUUAGGAAGUGCUGAUAUACAAGGAAGUGACAUAACAUCAAUAGUUCGUGAGUUCCGCAGUGGUUUUCGUGCUGCUCUCAUGGAUCUGCAAGGAUUUCAUGUAUUCCUACAUUCAUUGCACAAAAAACUUGAUGACUUGUUGCGAUCAUUUAAUAGUACUAUAAGCAAAAUAUCAUCGGGGGAGUCUGAAAAAGAAGAUUCACCUUCACCUGCUACUGGUAGUUGUCACUCUCCAACAAGUAAGGAGAAGUUUUCUAAUGAUAGCCAUCGAGAUUCUUGUGAUUCAGAUUCACAGAGAUCUGUUCCAAGGGCAUCACCAUCUUCAGGCAAUAGAGAUUUUUGUGACUCUGCUUCUCCUAUGUCAAGAGAAGGUUGUCAUGGAAAAUCCUCUAAAGGAAGUGUGGAGCCUUUGCUUGGUUCCCGCUUUACAGCUAAGCUCCGCGACUUUCAUAAAUUUGCCAAGGUUGAUGCAGAAUCUUAUAAAGAAUUGGAACAUUGGAAUGAAAUGCUUAAAAAUGAUGCUAUCAACUUAUGCCAGGAGAAUAAUUUCAAUUCAGGAUUUUUUGAGGGUAGUGAUAGCAACACCGUUGUUGAUGCAUAUGAAUUGAAGGUCAGACUUGAGCAUAUCCUUGAAAGGAUUGCAUUGAUAUCUGAGGUUGAAAACACAGAGAGACCAUCCGCUGUUACAAAUAAUUUGUUCAUUGGUGGAGCACAAUGUGCUCGAUCUGUACACACAAUGCAACACUUGGGAAUCACUCAUAUUUUGUGUUUAUGUGCUAACGAAAUUGGACAAUCAGAUUCUCAAUUUCCUGAUCUAUUUACUUACAAAAACUUCUCUGUAUGUGACACUGAGAAUUCCGACAUCAGCAUCCUAUUUGAUGAAGCUUGUGAUUUUAUAGAAGAUGUUGAGAGAGCAGGUCAGAGAGUUUUAGUUCAUUGCUUUGAAGGGAGAAGCAGAAGUGUCACUGUACUCCUUGCUUACUUGAUGCUCAGAAAGAAUUUCACAUUAUCAGUAGCAUGGAAUACUAUGAGAAAAGCUCACAGCCGAGCGCAGCCUAAUGAUGGUUUUGCAAAGAUCUUACAAGGACUUGAUAAAAAACUGCAUGGGAAGGUUUCAAUGGAGUGGCAGCGGCGGAAACCAACGAUGAAAACUUGUCCUAUAUGUGGCAAGAAUGCUGGACUGAGCAGCGGCUCGCUUAAGAUCCAUCUUCAGAAGUCACAUAAAAGGCUAUCAUCAGGGAGUGUUGAUAGUGCCAUGACAAUGGAAAUCCAAAAGGCAUUAACCAAUUUGAAUAUUAGCCGUGGUGGGAGAGUCAGCCCCACUCAAAGGCAAUCUCAUUCAAUGACAGAUUAAUAUAUUUCUCUUGCAACAAAAGGUCAUUGAAGAUUUACUUUUUCAGUCUCUUGGAUUUUUCAUUGGGGUUAAAACUUUGGCAACGUAGCAUAUGAAAUCUUUUAGUUUUUUUCUUGCAGUAUGGUUACUUACCUGCAGUUAAACUCAA